CAUGCUGGAAACCCCCAACAUUACCCACACAAUCCUUUUGCCAUAUGCCCACUUUCCUUUCCCUAAGGUUUUUCUUCCUUUUGCCCACACCUCUUGUGGUCCUCUUUGAUCUUCCUUAUCCCUUCAUCUAACUCCCACACCCCAUUUUCUUCACGUCACUAAACUCAGUCGCGCAUCAGUAUGUAUUUUCAUGCAGUUAACAGUAGCUCUCGUAAUUAGUAUACUGUCUAGAUUCAUCCUGACAGUAAAACUAAACGAACGCAUCACAGUUGAUAGAACUCUUCUCCACGCCUGAUCGGGUGUCCAUUCCUCGGUUCCCCACCUCAAAGAUUCCCGAGGCCUACCCUAUGACUCAAAUGAUCGACCAGCCAACUUCCUAACGUCUUUUUUUCCUUUUUACAAAGACACGCUCCCUUCCCUCUCUCAUAUAUGAGCUCUCCCACGCUAUAUUUAUUUCACUUGAAUUGUUUCUUUCUCCCAUUGAUAUAUACAAGUUAAGGCAUCCCCUCACAAUAUUGUGUCAAUCGACGGACGUACGUAAUCAUGCCGCCGGUGCACUCGAGUCCGUACUACCAUAUGGACAACCCCGCAAUCCUUUCUCUCCUCAGCCACAAUCCUGGCUCCGGCACCAAUACUGCCGCCCCAACCGAGAAGCGACGGAAGUCAUCGUCCUCAUCCAGCGGUGGCCUCCUUCGCAUGUUCAAGCUAUUCCCGAUGCUAACCACCGGCUGCAAGAUGGUGGCCCUGCUGGGCCGGCCUCGAAAGCCCCUCUUAAAGGAUAACGCCACCACGGGGACGAUCUUCGGCCAUCGGAAGGGCAGGAUUAUCCUUGCGAUCCAGGAGGACCCGCACUGCCCACCCGUGUUUGUGCUCGAGCUCCCGAUCCUCACAGCGGCUUUCCACAAGGAGAUGGACUCGGACACAGUAAGGAUCGCCCUGGAGAGCGAGACCCGGACCCACAGGAAAAAGCUCCUGGAGGAGUUCGUGUGGGCGGUGUACUGCAAUGGGAGGAAGAUCGGGUAUUCGAUCCGGAGGAAGCAGAUGUCGGACGACGAGGCCCGGGUGAUGCAAUUGCUCCGUGGGGUCUCGAUGGGGGCUGGAAUGCUCCCAUGCCCAUACAGCGAGAAGGAGAGGGAGCAAAGCGGGGACGGGGAGCUCACGUACAUGAGGGCACGAUUUGAGCGAGUGGUCGGGUCGAAAGACUCCGAGGCGCUCUACAUGAUCAACCCAGAUGGCGCACAGGGGCCCGAGUUCAGUAUUUUCUUUGUACGGGUUCGUUAGCCUAUAUGUAUACGGGUAGUAUAUCCGAUAUAUGUAUAUUGCCUAGUUGAUUGAUGUCGGGACAACACUAUAACCGAUUUUUUUUUCCUCAGGCUUAAGUUGGUCGUUGUUCUUUGUCGGAAUUUUCAUGAUGUCUUGUUUCUUGAGGAGAUGUUUACUCAUUAACUCUACGGAAGUGAUCAAUUUUGAAUCAAAAUUGAAAUCAUAUAUUACCAUA